UGACCGUGUGCGUCUCGUGCGCUUGUGCGGGUUCAUUCUACUCCAGGGGCGAGUGUUAUUAUAAGGCCUACAAUUUAAUGCACCUGCAUUGAAGGGGGAAAUUAAUCUGUUGAAUUAGAGACCGUGACAAAUGCUCUUUUGACGCGUUAUUAGCAAAUAACACAAUCCAGAUAAAAAAAAUGGCCGAAUUACCGAUGGGGAAAGGGGUAUCCGCGGGAAAAAUAGCAAGCAAUGUACAGAAAAAAAUCACCAGGGCUCAGGAAAAGGUUCUCCAAAAGCUUGGCAAAGCCGACGAGACUAAAGAUCUUGCAUUUGAAGAAGGUGUGAUUAACUUCAACAAACAGCUGGUUGAAGGCACCAAACUGCAGAAAGACCUGCGGGCCUAUUUGACUGCUGUGAAAACCAUGCACGAGUCUUCUAAACAUCUGUACGAGUGCCUGGGUGACAUGUAUGAGUCUGACUGGUAUGGCAGAAAGGACGUGGACUCGCUUUUGGAGGACUCAGACCUCCUUUGGACAGACUUCCAUCAGAAACUUGUGGACCAUGCUCUUAUAUCCAUGGACACUUACCUGGGCCAGUUUCCUGACAUUAAAGCACGUAUUGCAAAGCGUGACAGGAAGCUGGUGGACUUCGACAGUGCGCGGCACAACUAUGCUGCGGUGAACAAAGGGAAGAAAAAGGAAGGGAUCAAGAUCACCAAGCCAGCUUCGUUGCUGGAGAGGGCCGCCCCAGGCUGGGCUCAGGGGAUCCUGUCUGCCCAUAACGUGGCUCAAACCAGCCUCUCCAGGAGUCAGGCAGAGGAAGAGCUGGAGAGAGCACAGAAAGUGUUUGAGGAGAUUAACAUAGAUUUGCAGGAGGAACUGCCAUCUCUGUGGAACAGUCGUGUUGGCUUUUAUGUGAACACAUUCCAGAGUGUGGCUGGUCUGGAGGAGAAGUUUCACAGAGAAAUGGGAAAAAUUAAUCAAAAUCUGAAUGAUACACUGGACAAAUUAGAAAAUCAAGAUAUGUCCAGAAAAACAGGUAGCCAAGGGGUGAGGACAUCAACAGCCCAGAAGAGUGACAGGACCCAGGAUGCCAAUCACACAUUGAGCCCUGGAGGACCGCCAGCCAUUCCCAAAUCACCGUCCAAGCUAAAGCCUGCAGUGCCUCCACCUCCUAAAGUUACACCAUCAAAGGAUAUGAAGCAGGAGAACAUUAUAAAUCUGUUUGGUGAGGCUGCCACACCAAACAUCAGUGUCACUUCGCCAACACAGUAUGACGCUCCAGCCACUGCUAAUCUGCUGGAUAUGGAUCUGGACUCACUUCAGGCUGCCACCACACCAGCUGCACAGACUUGGGAUUCAUGGGAGCAAGCAGACAAGGAAGCUGAGGUGCCUCAGACAUGGGACGAUGAUGGUACUCAGCCUGUGCACUCUGGCUGGGGCGAUGAUGGUACCCAGGCUACCUGGGAUGAUGAUGGUAGCCAACCUGUGCGUGCUCCGGCCGCAUACCCCACCUGGGAUGAUGAUGGCUCUCAGCCUGUGCGGGAGAAUGAGAAUGAUUCUACCGAGCAGGCCCAGGGGUGGGACGAUGAUGGGGCUCAGGGCGCAGAAAAGGUAGCUGUUACAGAAGAGGCAGUAGCUGAAACCGUAAACGAAACUCCACAGGCGACCACCGAGAGCACCGAGAGCACAGAGAGCGUAGAGAGCGUAGAGAUGCCAGAAUCCUUCCUGUUCAAAGUGAAAGCAAUGCACGACUACAAUGCCAAUGACUCUGAUGAGCUGGAGCUGAAGGCCGGAGACGUGGUGCUGGUAGUGAGCUUUGAAAACCCAGACGAGCAGGAUGAAGGGUGGUUAAUGGGAGUCAAAGAGCCCGACUGGAUUCUGCAAAAAGCUCUUGGAAAGAAAGGAGUCUUUCCUGAAAACUUCACCCAGAGGAUGUGAGAGCCUGUGAUCCGCUUGACCUGUUGUUAAUCCUUCUAUAUAACUCCUUAUUGCUUCCCUUCAAAAUGCAGAUUAAAAAAAAAAACUGUACUACA